AUGUACCUUGGCUUUUUCUUCGUCAGGGGCAACUACAUGUGUGGCGCCUCCAUCAUCAGCAGUACAUGGGCUCUGUCUGCUGCCCACUGCGCGGAAGGCUACUCCCCCAGCCAAAUGCUGCUGCGUGCCGGCACCUCCACCAGGGGUAGCGGUGGCUCCACCCACAACAUAGCCGCUGCACACAUGCACGGAAGCUACGAUGGCGACGACUACGACAUCGCCGUCCUGCAAGUGUCCAACGCCUUCAGCUUCAGCAGCAACGUGCAAGCUGUGGCUCUGACCUCGUCAGAGCCCUCUGCUGGGACCUCAGUAACAGUCAGUGGGUGGGGAGACACCUCCUACGAGGGCAGCGUCUCCAACACACUGCGGGCCGUCACCGUCCAGAUCAUAGACCGCAACACGUGCAACCGCUCGUACGGCAGCAUCACCAGCCGCAUGAUCUGCGCAGGUGUGUCCGGAGGCGGCAAGGACGCCUGCCAGGGAGACAGCGGCGGUCCUCUGGUGUCCGGCUCCACCCAGGUGGGCGUCGUCUCCUCUGGCUAUGGAUGCGGCUGGGACGGCUACCCGGGCAUUUACGCCAACGUGGCCAACCUGAGGUCCUGGAUCAAGCAGACUUCUGGAGUCUAA